GUCCGCAGUGCAGUCGUAUUAUUCACAUUUCUUCACAUCAAUAAGAGAAGCGAAGCAGUCGCGGGCGUAAUCAUGGAACGUGUGCUGAGCAUGUUUGAGCGGGCUGAUCCCUUCUCCACCUGGUGGCCAACCAUAGCGGCAUUGCUUGUGGGCCUCGUGAUUACAGUGCGCACCAUAAUGAGUGGGCAGCGCUGUCCCAACGAUAAUCAGAUCAAGGAGCAAAUUGUCGUUGUGACGGGCGGCAACAGCGGCAUGGGCUUUGAGAUUGCCAAAGCGCUGGCGGCACGUGGCGGGCGCAUUAUACUCGCCUGCCGCAACUUGACGGCUGGCGAACGUGCUGCGGCCAUAAUCAAGCGUGAGCUAGGCUGCCGCACUCCACUCGAUCCCAAUGACAGCAGCAGCGCCAAUCCGGCGGAGCGCUACUUUGUCGAGGUGCGACAGCUGGACUUGUGCUCGCUAAGCAGCGUGCAGCAGUUUGCGGCACAGCUGAUGUCCGAGUUCGAACGCAUCGAUGUGCUGGUCAACAAUGCGGGCAUGGUGUUUGGCAACACACAAGUGCCCACGGGCGAUGGCUUCGAGCAGCAUUUGCAGGUAAACUAUUUGGCGCCGCUGCUGUUAACGCAGCUGCUGCUGCCGCACUUGGAACGCUCCGAGCAGGGACGCAUUAUCUUUACUUCAGCUCAUGCACAUCAGGCAGCCAAAAUGGACUUUGAUGAUCCGCUCAAUGUGGGCAGCUGGGCGGUGAAGUUUCAUGCACGCGACGCCUUCGCACACUCCAAGUUGGCCCUCGUUCUGGCCACGCGCUGGCUGGCGAAGGAGCUCACAGGUACAACAGUCACGGUCAAUUGCUGCACGCCGGGACUUGUGCGGGGCACACGCCAUUUGCGCCACUCACCACUGAUGUCCGCAUUUUGCGUUAAAGUGAUCACCUACCCCUGGAUGUGGCUGUUCAUGAAGAAUGCCUACGAGGGCGCACAGACGGCGAUACGCCUGGCAACGGAUCCGCAGCUGAAGCAAGUGAGCGGCGAGUACUUCAAUGACUGCGAAAUUGCGGCAAGCUCGGAGGCUGGCCAGGACAAGGAGUUGGCCAAGAAAUUGUACAUGCAAAGCAUAAAAACGCUAAAGCGCAUUACCAAACUCUCAGUCGACAAGGAGGCGUGCACAAUGGCCAAGACACUGCCACUGCCACAGCCACAGCUGCCGCAGCCAGGAAACUGAUUUAUGUGCCGCACGCUCAAAGUCCUGGAUGGGGCAGCCUGACUGGAGACUUGGGUAGCAACGUCUAUUUGCAUUUGGUUUAACAAUUGCCGCAUUAUGCAUGGCACACAGACUCUCGCACAGUUACGCCUCCCCCCCACCAAAGCUGUAGGCGUGGCCACUUAGUGCCGUUAGUUUUAUGUGCCUCCAUGCAGCUGCAACUGCAACUGAAGCCGCUGAGACUGCCGCUAGUAGUAGUAAUAUCAAAUAAAUUUUAAGCCUUCUUUAGCCUCACUUUAAAUUAUGUUCAACGUUAACGUAGAUUUAUGUUCUUAAGUACAGUUAAUCAAUUGUCAAUAAAGUAAGCAUUACACUGCCACACAAAUAUUAGCCUGCUAAUUGGCUGCUUAUGCGUAAGCGUAUUGCGUAUACGCAACGUGUGCCAACAAACUGUUGCACAGCUGGCGAAUAAAACUCAAAGU